AUGGCCUCGCGACCUACCGUCACCAUCCUUGGAAAGGAUGGCUCUGCCACCGGAGCCACCCACGCCAUUCCUGCUGUCUUCACCAGCCCUAUCCGACCCGAUAUCGUUCAGCAGGUUCACACUGGCAUGGCCAAGAACAAGCGUCAGCCUUACGCUGUGAGCGAGAAGGCUGGUCACCAGACCUCUGCUGAGUCUUGGGGUACCGGUCGUGCUGUUGCUCGUAUUCCCCGUGUUUCUGGCGGCGGUACACAUCGCGCUGGUCAAGCUGCGUUCGGUAACAUGUGUCGUUCCGGUCGUAUGUUUGCUCCUACCAAGACGUGGCGCAAGUGGCACGUUAAGGUAUCGCAAAACCAGAAGCGAUACGCCGUCGUUUCUGCCCUGGCUGCCUCCGCUGCCGUUCCCCUGCUCAUGGCCCGUGGACACCAGGUCAACUCCGUCCCUGAGGUUCCUCUGGUUAUCGACUCCGCUGUUUUCGAGGGUGCCGCUAUUACCAAGACCGCUGCUGCUCUCGGCCUCCUGAAGGCUGUCGGUGCUGGUGAGGACGUCAACAAGGUCAAGAACUCCAAGAAGCUCCGUGCUGGUAAGGGCAAGCUCCGUGGCCGCCGCCACCGCCAGCGACGUGGCCCUCUUGUCAUCUACUCCCCCGAGACCGAUGGCAAGGAGCUCGUUACCGCUUUCCGCAACAUUACCGGUGUUGAGACCUGCUCCGUUACCGCUCUCAACCUCCUCCAGCUUGCUCCUGGUGGUCACCUCGGCCGAUUCAUCGUCUGGACCUCUGCCGCUUUCAAGGCUCUUGACGAUAUCUACGGUUCUACCACCGAGGCCUCCGCCCACAAGCGUGACUUCCUCCUCCCCUCCAACGUUGUCUCUCAGGCCGAUCUCACCCGUCUGAUCAACAGCUCUGAAAUCCAGAGCUCCCUCAACGCCCCCAAGGGAGAUGCUGUCACUCGCCGAUCUGCUGUCCAGAAGAAGAACCCUCUCAAGAACAAGCAGGUCAUGCUUCGCCUGAACCCCUACGCCAAGGUCUUCGCUGAGGAGUCUCAGAAGAAGCAGAACUAA